AUGGAACCCCCUGCAUUCGCAUCUCUUGCUCACGUACAAAUACUCCUAUUACCUGUUGGGAGCAUCCGUCGGUCGACCUUUGAUCGAUGGGCAUCGGAACUCCGAAGUAUUGAGAGUAUACCUCUGGGUGAUAUACCGGCCGAGUCGAAGGAUGAACGGGCCCGCUUUAUGCCCAGCCCUCUCGCUAGCGGUCACAUUCACUUGAGCUACCAAUCCCAUGCUCCUGCCGCAGCGCAUAAUCCCCUCGCCCUGUUUCGCCCCUCUGAAUUUCCCUUAGGUGUUGUUGGGAUCGCUUCCUGCUCGCAUUCGGACUCUAUAUCGACGACCCUGGCAUCUUUCAAGUCUACUGUGAAGGAUUUGUCGUUACACAAGGCAACUUUCCCUGUCUCCCAGAACUGUUUCGUUUUCGAGGAGAAUGACGCGAACCUGGAUCUUGGAGACAAGUUUCCUGGGCUUGUUGUCAUUCCUAGUAUGAUGGCCAACAAGCGUGUGCAUAUUAGCACACUACUCGCUGGCUUGUGCUCCCAAAUACUCGGCGAUUUUGCAACAGUGAUGCAAUCACUAGAGAGCCCACUUGGUAAUGAGUAUCUCAACGCUUCAUUGUUCCCUUCCUUUCCAUCAGCGUCAGAUCUACCGCGGUCCUUAGAUCCGGAGACUGCGCAUCGAGACUCGCUACCUCCAUUGCCUUCGUUCAACAGUCAACCAGAUUUAGGCACCACGAAUGGUUCAGCCAAACACAAGACACCUGCGGCUCUCAAGCGCAUGUCAUCUGGGCCUGGUCUUGUCCCGAGCCGGACGGCAAGUCUGCCUAGCACUCCUGUGACGGCGAAGAAAAGACCCAAUAUCAUCGGAACGGCUUCGUCUCACGGGCGGCUCUUCAAGGUGCUCGCAGACUUGUUUCUAAUGGCGGGAAGGCACGCAGACUCACAAAUAUGGUACACGGAAGCAAUCGCCCUCUUCAAAGGGUCCCCUCAUGAUACUGCAUGGCAUGCGGCAGCUCUGGAAGGUCUGGCCACCAUACCUGUCAUCGAAGCAUGGUCAUCCGGCAGUGCAACGGCAAAUGGUACCGACGAGAAAGAGCCGUGGCAAGACAUCGUAGACAAGCUGACCCAGGCUACUUCUCUCUACCACAAGAGUACACCUCAUUCCGAACCCGAGCGGGCGUUACCCCUGCUCGCAUAUCUUUACUCUCGAUCUGUCAUCCGGCAUACAUCGCUGCUUUUUGCUAUAUGGUCUGCCAAGGGGUGGGGCCCCCAUGCUUUUGGGAAGAUGGUGCAUCCGGGAGCCAAUCCCUACUUGUCUUCCAGCACGGCGUUAUCCAAUACCGACCACAACGGUGUCACCGUAACCGUAGUCAAUGGUCGUACGAGGGCGUCAUACGCCGAGCUAGAACGCCUCGCCACCAUCACUGGGAUCACUCGUACGCAAAUCGCUGGAAUACUCUCCCAAGUCCAUGGUCCCUGGCUGCUCCAUGUCCCAGCUCGAGAACGGAUCGGCGUACUGCAGACAGUCGCAGGCAUGUUCGGUGCACUCGGCUAUCUUCGUAAAGAGGCCUAUAUCCUUCGAGAGCUCCUCGGUUCUAUCAUGGAUCUAAUCGUGUGCGGACGAGGGGAAAGCAGUGGGGCUCGCGCAUCCGGGGUUGGUCUUGGCAUUCAAGGUGCACCGAUGAGUAAGGCCUCAACCACAUCGGGGACAGUUGGGGUGCGAGAGAACCCGAGAGUGGAAGGGAAUGAGAGCGUGUUGCGGAUCAUCAAGCAUAUCUGCAGGGUCCAUGGUGUAGACAUUGAGUCUGUCAAACUCGUCGACAUCGGCGCCCUUGCGGCAGAGUCCAAUGGCGAUGCCGCUGACGAUGCAGAAGAGGAAGAUUCAACUGAGCCACCCCAAGACCCCUUCGGGUGGCCAGAGCUGCAGAUCGGCAUCAUCCGGGAAGCUAUUGCUGUCGCAGAGGCACUACCGGACUAUCCCUCGGACACUACACCCGUCAUGAGUCAGAGCGAUCAGAUUCAUCUGUACCACACAGCAACACGCGCUCUGACCACGGCAAUUCGAAGAGGAGACAGACGAACGGUAGAGUAUUGGGCUGGCAAGCCCAUUGUCAGUAUCGAAAUGCUGCCCCUACCUCUUAUUCGUUUGCCAAUCGAAAAGCCACUGUCACUACUAGCCCGGGCGGGUGAUCAGCCAGGUGUAAACACCAUCCUGACAGGCGCCAAGGAUCCUUUCUUGUACAACCCACGGAAGGUCGCGCCAGGACAGACCCAAAGCGUUUUGGUGCAGAACGAGAGAUUCGAGGUUGUCAUGACUCUCAGGAAUCCGUUCGUGUUCGACCUCCAAUUGGAGAGCCUUGCUUUGAGUACAUACGGCGUGCGGAUUGAAUCAGAAGCAAUGCCUAUCACCAUUCCAGCCAACACCUAUCAUCCUGUCACGAUGACCGGCAAGGCUGUUGAACCCGGCACGUUGACGAUUCGAGGAUGUGUUGUCCAGGCACCAGGAGGCCUGCCCCGCGAAUAUGUACUCCCGCUUUCGACUGAGGAGGCAGAGGAGACACGGUCGCGCAGACGUAGUGCGAUCGAGUCUGAAGUGGGGCGGGCCAAGUACGCAGGUCUUGAGUCUCUCCCUUGGAAGAGGAUGAGCAAGCGGGACAGCAAACAGGCUUCCAAGACGGCUUCCCUCUGGUUCCUGGAGUGCAAGGUCGUACCGGAGCAGCCCCUAUUGCGGAUACGACGGACAUCACUUACUCAUGCAGCAGUGAUGUUAUACAACGGCGAAACAUCAACAAUACGUCUCACCUUGGAGAACGUUUCGUCACUCCCUAUAGAUCUCAUCCGCCUCACAUUCGACGACUCGACGAUUGCACCAGGACAGCAAGCCCUCGCUGAGGGGGAGUUGUCCGUUUUCGAGACGUACGAGACGGAGUACGACCUCAUCCACAGGCCUGUGUUCUCAUGGGACAAUGAGCGCGACACCUCUCGGGUCGAUCCCGGCGAGAAGACCACUGUGUCUGUGAAGUGCUUCGGCAAGGUGGGAUGUACAAGCGGGGCCGUCCACCUCUCCUACGCCUACAUUCAUCGACAUCAGGAAAUGCUGGAGGAGAAGCCGCCAGACGUCUUCCACACGAGGCAGCUCUCAUAUCCGGUCGUUGUGACCGUCUAUCAUAUGCUCGAGUGCCACGCCAUGGAUAUCUCUCCGUACUCAAGGGUUACCGCGUUUGCGGCUCGAAGAGCACUCUUCGAUGUCGAUGACGUGGCAGACUGGUGCCUCUUUUCCGUCGACGUGCGAAAUACGUAUGGCUCGCCCUUCGAGGUGACAUUCGAGCGGAAAGAACCUGGUGAGUGGACACACAUACAGAAAGCGGGCACCAUCGUACUUCCAGUCAGGAAGAUUCUCCUGUCUGAAGAGCAAACGUCACGACCGAUACCCACUCUGUCAGACAGACAGUUUGUGGUCGUCAAGUCCAACCUCUCCUCCGCAGAGGAGAAAGCUCAGCGGGAGCUGUUUUGGUACCGAGAAGAACUCUUCAAGACAGUACAAGGACGAUGGCGAGAAACUGGGGGACUGCGGUCAGGCGAGCUAUCACUACGGCAGCAACGUAUGACGCACCCAAUGCUUAAAGCAUUGUGCACGGAGACGGCAAGAGUACAGAUGUCGCUCAUUCGCUACGACGGCGAGGCUGCGACACCUAUCGCCGUGGACCCAUCAGGAUCAAAAUACCUUCCGCCACCAAACGAAUUCGUCUACCUCAGGACGAAGGUCACGAAUCUUUCACCCGCAGAGCUGGUGCUAGUCGCGAACCUUUCCUUGGAGCCUGCGCAACAUACGAUAUACCAAGGAGUGCUAACAGACAUCCCUAUGGGACGAUUAGCUCCCGGGGAGUCAUACGAAACGGAGCUACCAGUCGCAUUCUUGUCUCGCGGGCGAUUCGACGUACUCACUGAAAUUCGGGCACUCAACGUCUCGGACAGCUCCAGCCCUAUUGGACGUGGAGACUUGCGGGCCGUGGUUGAAACGGACUUCUCAUAA